AUGGCCGGAUCGCCUUUUCCCCGCGCGCACGAGAACGGACAUGCAACACAACAUGGCACCCACCCCAAAGAGGUUUGCAUCGUGGCGGCGGCGCGCACGCCAAUGGGUGGCUUCAUGGGCGCCCUCUCGUCUCUCCCUGCCACCCAACUUGGAUCGGUCGCCAUCAAAGAGGCCGUGCGGCGCUCCGGCCUGGAGCCUGCUGACGUGGAGGAGGUGAUCAUGGGCAACGUGCUCAGCGCGAAUCUCGGCCAGGCGCCCGCGCGCCAGGCGUCCAUGGGCGCGGGCCUCCCCGAGACCGUCGUCGCCACCACCGUCAACAAAGUGUGCGCGUCGGGCAUGAAAGCCAUCGCGCUGGCGGCGCAGUCAAUCAUGCUGGGGAUCAACGAGGUGGUGGUGGCGGGCGGCAUGGAGAGCAUGAGCAACGCGCCGUAUUACCUCUCCAAGGCGCGCGGCGGCUACCGCUUCGGCAACGCGGAGAUCAUGGACGGCAUGCAGCGCGACGGGCUGUGCGACGCGUACGCGGACGACCCCAUGGGAUGCUUCGCGGAAACCUGCGCGGAGGAGUAUAACAUCUCGCGCGCGGACCAGGACGACCACGCUGUGCUGACGCACCAGCGCGCCGCAGCGGCGAAUGCGGAGGGGGCGUUUGAGUGGGAGAUCGUACCGGUGGAGGUGAAGGUGGGGAAGGGUAAGCCGGCUUUAAUCGUCGAUCGCGACGAGGCGUGCGCGAAGUUCGACGAGAAGAAGCUGCGGAAUCUGCGGCCGUGUUUUAAGGAGCACGGGACGGUCACGGCGGGGAACGCGUCGGCGAUUAGCGACGGCGCCGCGGCCGUGGUGCUGACGAGCCGCGGCAAGGCGGACAGCCUGGGGCUCAAAGUGCUCGCCGUGAUUCGCGGCUUCGCUGACGCCGAGCAGGCCCCUGAGCGCUUCACCACGGCCCCCGCGCUCGCCAUUCCGCGCGCGUUGAAGCAUGCGCGCAUCGACCCCGCGGAGGUCGACUGCUGGGAGAUCAAUGAAGCCUUCUCCGUGGUGGCACUGGCCAAUCAGAAGCUGCUGAACGUGCCGGCAGAUCGACUCAACAUGCAUGGAGGCGCCGUGGCGCUCGGGCACCCGCUGGGGUGCAGCGGGGCGCGCAUCAUUGUCUCGCUGCUGGGGGUGCUGCGGCGGAAGGGUGGCCAGAUUGGUGUUGCUGGUGUGUGCAACGGGGGAGGUGGAGCCUCUGCCAUGGUCAUCGAGGCCGAAUCCUUGGAUCACUCCACUGCCCAUGCGCACCUCAGCGCGGCGUCGGGACUUGUCUGGGAUCAGGUGCGACAUCUGCUGGCGGACGGAGAGGAGGCGGAGGAGAAGGGGAAUGGAUUUGACAGGAUGAGUAGAUUCGAGAAACACGCUGAAGUUGAUGAACGAAUAGGGUGGGGAAGGGGUGGCGGAGGGGAAAAGGAGGAGAAGGUCGCUCAGUUAAGAUCCGCUCUGCCCGUUGGAGAUGAGUUGGUUGUCGCACCUCCUGUCGCUUCCGCUGUCGUUCCCCCUCCCGCUUCCGCUUCCCCCUCCCCGCUGUCUGCUGUCGCGGCGGAGGGCGAGCCGAUCUUCCUCCCUGCUUGCCCGGACGGCUGCGAUUGCGCAGGCUGCCAGCUGUUGCAUUUUCAUUGGCUCGACCGGUUCUCCCCCGCACCUUAUUCUGGGAUUGGGGAGGGUGGCGGAUGGGUUGCGCGGAAAGGGGACGACGCGGAGAGGAGCGGAACGGGUGGCGCAGAAGUGCUGUUGCGGAGGGACGCGACGGGCGCAGGAGCAGAGGCGGGCGGAGGAAUAGCGAUGAGCGGAGGAACGGGGGAAGGCGGAGGAGCGGAGGAGCAGGGGGCGCCUCUCCCUCCUACGUUCACGCCUCCUUUCGCACCUCAUUUCUCCGCCUCUUCGUUUCCGCCAUCGUUUCCGCCAUCGUUUCCGCCAUCGUUUGCGCCAUCGUUUGCGCCCUCCUUCACGCCAUCGUUUACACCGUCGUUCACGCCUGCGACCGCCGCCUCGUGCCCGCCUCCCUCCGCGCGACUCCCUGGCCUCGCCUCCCCGAGUCCUCCUCGCAAGCGACCGCUGCUGCUCGCCCCGCCUGUCGCCGCUGCCACUCUGAGCGCCACACGUGGCAGCACACGUGGCGUUACGACUGAGUUGACCACCACACAGUACGUUGCUGGCGAAGCGAGCUUCGCUGGGAGCAUUGGUGUGAGCAUCGGUGGAAGCAUUGGUGUGAGCAUCGGUGGAAGCAUUGGUGUGAGCACCGGUGGAAGCAUUGGUGUGAGCAUCGGUGGAAGCACCGGCGUCAAGGCAACUAGUACUGCUGUUAAGACGACCAACAAAAUCGCGUCUGCCGCCCACAACAGCAGCUUUCCUGGCGCUCGCCGCCCGGCCGACAUGUCCUCCAGGCUGGCACAGCUGCUGGAGGAAAUCAAAUCUCCAGGCCGGGCGGCAGCAGCCUCCGCUGCCGCGUCACCUGCAAAUACAGCCGGGGUGGGCGCCGUUAGCAGAGAUCUGAUUCGCCGGCCAGUGAUUCGCCAUGUGGCGGGGCGCAAGAGGGCGAGCCAGCCACGUGACAGCAUGAAAGCUCCUAGCACGUGGCGGCCGUGUGUUGAUUCGCCUCACAGCACGCAUAGUCGCCUCAGUAGUGACUCGGGCAGCGAGAACAGCAAGAGUGGUAGUGGUAGUGGCAGCGGCAGUGGCAGGGACAGCGGCAGCGGCAGCGGCAGUGGUAGGAGUGGCAGCGACAGUGUCCCUCCGUCCCCUCCAUCGUCCCUCGCGCUCGUUCCCUCGCACUGCUACACCUCGCGACCUGCUGCUGCUGCCUUCGCAUCCAUUCUAGGCACUCCGACUAACCUGACCCACCCUCCAGUCUUCUCGCCUCUGCCUUACCCUCCCUCUUUCUCAACCCCAUUCCCGGGCCACCUGGCUUACCUGGGCCAAACUGGAAGCGUGGGGGGUCUAGAGCGGUACCAGCCUCUCCAGCACUGUCUACCGCCUGCGGAGGUUUCUGCCACGUGGCAGAAUGCCACUGGCCGAUCAACGCCGUCAAGCAGGUCAACGGGAGGUGCAAGCGCGGCUUCCAGGAAGCGAAGGGCGAGCUCUGGAGGGGGGAAGGUGGGAGGGGAACAAGGGAAGGGGGGGACAGCGGGGGAGGGCGUCUGGCGGGGGAGCAGUGGGGCUGGCGGGGCGCAGUUGGCAGGGGCGGGGGCAGGGACAGGGGCAGCAUCACCAGCAGAUUCUUCAGACGGGGCAGGGGCAGGUUUCUUACCGGGUAGAGGGCUGGAUGGUGCUAUGCUGGGGCAGAUGGGACAGAUGGGCCAGAUGGGGGGAAUGGGCCAGAUGGGGGGAAUGGGCCAGAUGGGGGGAAUGGGCCAGAUGGGGGGAAUGGGCCAGAUGGGGGGAACGGGCCAGAUGGGGGGAACGGGCCAGAUGGGGGGAAUGGGCCAGAUGGGGGGAAUGGGCCAGAUGGGGGGAACGGGCCAGACGGGGCAAAUGGGGCUUGAUGCAUCUGCGCUUGAGCGCAUGGGGGUGAAUCCGGGCAUGUUCGCAGGCAUGGGGGUGGAUGCGGGCGUGUUGAGGGGCAUGGGCGUGGACAUGGGCAUGCUGCAAGCCAUGGGCGUGGAUGCUGCCAUGCUGCACAAUCUAGGGUUCACUCCUGAAUCAUUAGAACAGCUAGGCUUGGGGGGCGCGGCUAGCGGUUGUGCUGGUAGUGGUGGUGGUGAUGGCGGUGGCGCUGCUGCUGGUGCUGCUGAUGCUGCUAGUACGCGCCCUGGUUGCUCUGCUGACGCUUCUGGUGGCGAUGGGGAGUGGAGGGGCGAGGACGGGAGGGACGAGGAGGAAGAGAUGGAGCAGGGGGAGGAGGAGGAGAGGGGGGGGAGUGGAAGGGGAGGAGGGGAGGAGGAGGAGGUGUCGAUGGCAGUGGUGCUGCAGAGGCUGGAAGAGUUGGCAGAGGCCUCGGCAGCACGUGAUGAGACCCUUUCCCGGCGGCUGCUGCCCCACCUGCGCCCACUAGUCAACGAGCACGGAACUGCAGCGCAGAGAGUAGCAGCCCAUUUCACGCAGGCCCUGGCAGCUCGGCAGGCGGGAUGCGGGGCAGAGCAGUACAAUCGCGGGCUCAACGCGUCCUCCCAGGAGAUCGCAGCCUCCAUGGAGCGCUGCUUCGCCUCGCUGCCCUAUCUGGACUUCUGCCACGUGGCGGCCAUGCGGCCUGUGCUGGCGGCGGUGAACGGCAGCCGUCGGAUUCAUAUGAUUGUGUUUGGGUUCUGGAUGGGCCGGUACUGGCUGGAGCUGCUGCAGGCCCUAGCAGCCUUCCCAGGGGGUCCGCCCUCCCUGCGAGUGACAGGCAUUGACAUCACAUGCAGGAACGAACUGACAGACUCCAAGUCCUCUGCUGCUUUCUCCGGCCGCCUGCUCUCCCGCGCUGCCGCUGCCCUCGCCAUCCCCUUCCGCUUCAAGGCCGUUGUUCUCCCUGUCGGCCCCGCUGCUGCUGCCGCGCCGCUGGGAGGAAAGGCAGGGGGUGGCGGAGGGGGGAUGGGGGCGGGGGGAAGCGGGGGAGGAUCCGGGGGGAGUGGGGGAGGGGGUGGGGGAGGGUUUGGGGGGGCGAUGGGGAUGCGGUCGGUGGUGGGGGGGUUGGUGGAGGAGGUGGAGGUGGAGGAGGGGGAGGCGACGGUGGUGCAGUGCAACAUGAGCCUGCUCUUCCUGGCGGAUGACUCCGUGCUGCGGGCCAACCCACGCGACACGCUCCUCAGGGUACGUGGGGGCUGGGUGGACUCCCCCCCCCACCCACCACUGUGGUCAUCCACAUGGCCACGCCUCUCAACCCACCCUUCUCCCUCUCCCGCCCCCGCUUUCUCCUUCCGCCACACCCCAACUGCCGUUGUGAGCGGCCUUCCGGUGGAGUGGAUCCUGGAUCCGCUCCCUCUCCCCACUCACCACCGUGGUGGUCGAGAUGGACGCGCCACUCAACUAGCUUUCCCCUUUCCCCCCUCCUCCUAUCCCCUGCACCCCAACCUCGUCCAGUGGAUUCGCUCUCUCUCACCACUCACCACCGUGGUGGUCGAGAUGGACGCGCCACUCAACUCGCCCUUCUUCCUUCCGCGCUUCCGUGCCGCCCUCCGUGUCUUCUCCUCCAUCUUUGCCUCUCUCGACGCUGCCUUGCCACGGGAUAGCCCGCACCGCCACACGUGUGAGCGCCUCUAUUUCGCCCGCGACAUUGUGAAUGUCGUGGCCUGUGAGGGCAUCCAGAGGACAGUUCGGGCGGAGAGUCUCGAGCAGUGGCAGGCUCGGAUGCGCCGAGCCGGAUUUGUAGGUUUGGAGGCGGGGUGGGAGGUGAUGGAGGAGCUUAGAGGGGUGUUGAGGAAGGGAGGGAGGAAGUAUGGGGGGUAUGAGGUGGUGCAAGAAGGGAAUGGAGUGAGGUUGCUGUGGGAAGGGGUUCCUGUACUGGCUGCCUCUAUGUGGCUGUAA